AUGGUGCUCGCGCUUCUGAUCCUUUUUGGAUCGGCCAGCGCCAAUAAUGCGUUCCCGCAUUGUGUUGAUAUUCCCGGAUUGUGGAUGUCGGCGCUUUACAUGGAUGUCGUUGAUUUUGUGGCGACUGGUGACACCACAGAUCCGAGGUUUUCAAACGAUAUACGGUGCCACUGUAUCGACGGCGCCGAACUCGACCUUCUCCUCGUUGUUGUUGUCUUCGAACGCGCGAUUCGCCUGACUCGUUCGUCGACGCGAAUCGGCGGGCGUCGGAAAAAGCAGAAAAAUGAUAAGGAUACUACUAAUCGGCCUCCACAUUGA